AACCACGCAACGGCAUAAAAGACUGAAGAGCGGAAACAAUUUAAUCCAAGGAAAAAAGAAAAUGCAAAUGGGGGAUUCUCCAGAGUCGGAUUCGAAGAUUUUCAGUGUCCGAAUUGUGUCGAUUGACUACUACAUGGCCCCGCCAAUUGCCGGAAUCGACAUUUCCUAUAGCAGUUUUCAAGGUGGAAAAGUAAAUGAGGUUCCAGUUAUAAGAAUAUAUGGGUCAACUCCGGCUGGUCAGAAGACUUGCUUGCACGUGCAUAGAGCUUUGCCUUACUUUUACAUCCCAUAUUCAGAUGUAUCACUUCAACUAGACGAAGAAGUGCUUCUACAAAUGCCAUCUCUCUUGCAAUUGAGAAGGCCUUGAAGCUCAAAGGCAAUGCUGGCUUGAAACGGCAGCAUGUCCAUGGUUGUAGUCUAGUUCGAGCAAAGAAGUUAUACGGCUUUCAUUCUUCAGAGGAGUUAUUUGUGAAGAUUUAUCUGUAUCCUUAUCUCAAAAAUAUUAUUUAAAAGUGCACUGUUUGUUCUAUGGUGGUUGACUUAUUUUUGCUGAUCUGUAUCUCUCUGAUUAUUGUUAGUGGUUUUGAAAUGUUCUUUUAUUUCGUAGCUUACCUUGUACUGAUAUGUUCAUGCUGUUAUUCUUAUAAUUGCUUUUAUCAUCUUUUGCUCCUUUGGAAAGUCUAUGAUUUGGAGUUGACUCAGGAUCACCUUGACAGAAGUUUUAGGUACCAUCCACAGGAUGUAUCUCGGGCUGCCACUCUUCUUUUGGGAGGUGCUGUUUUGGAUAGGAUUGUGCAGCCUCAUGAAUCACACAUUCCAUUUCUUCUCCAGUUUUUGAUUGAUUACCAUUUGUAUGGGAUGGGUCAUCUGCAUGUCUCAAAAAUUAAGUUCCGGCAUCCUGUACCUGAAGUUUUCUCUCCCAGGAAAGCUGCUCACACUUUCCUACAGAGAGAUCUGACAGACAAGUCAACUGGCAUUGCUGCAAAUACAAAGGUAGAUUCAGGUGCAGACCCUUCUUUAGCUUCACCAAUUUGGACGUCUUCUACAAUUCCAGAUGAUUGGACUUGGCAAUCUUACAGCCAGUCUGAUUCCUUGGUUGAUCAAAAUCUAUUGUCAGUUAAACGGCAAAGUAUGUCUGAACUGGAGGGAGAUGCUGUUGUGGAAGAUAUUCUCAAUCAGCUGUUUAUAUCGUAUACAUCCCUCUCGCAGACACGUACAGAUGUGAAAAUGGUUCAGUCCUUAAUACCUAUUUGGGAGGAGUUCGAAAGGAAUGGAGAGCAGGGGCCUGCAGUUCCACCUGAUCCAGGGAAACCACUUCCAGAAGAUGUCUUGAGGAUACUUUCAGACGGGCUUGAGCUGGAAAAAGUACUUGCUGAUCUGAGUAGAGGAGAAUAUUCAUCUUUCAGCCAGGACUUAAUUAAAUCUUUGACUGAUAAAGGAACUUUGGUAGACAAAGUCAACUUUUUGGAUGAUCCAGAUGAAGCAUUAAAAUGCUUAGAAGAUGGAAAUUUGCCCUCUCAAACUGAUGAUGGUGAAAACUAUGGUAAAGGGCACCAUGGGCAUAUGAAGCAGUUGUCUGCUGAUCAAUUACAAGAUUCUAACCUUGUUGGACCAUCAAAACUGAAGGCUUCAGAUCAGGAUGCUUUGGGGCUUUUGAAGUGGCUUGCAUCUUCUCAAGCUGCAGAAGAAAUAAAUUCUGAUGAUGAACUUGCUCACCAGACCAUCCUGAGUUCCUUUUUACCAACAUCAACAGUUAAUAAGGCAUUGGAGAAAGCAAGCACAGAUUUCGAGAAUCAGUCGCAGCAAGAGUGUCAGGACAUUCUUGAUUCUGUUGAAGAUGCAGUUGCAACUGAAGAAUCAGAUGAUAAGGCUUCUAAUUCUAAUCAUAAUCUUCUAUGCCAGACUUUACGUAAUGAAGUAAUUCCUCAAGUUGAUGGCUCCCCUGAUGAUCCCAACUCAGUUCCAUUUGGUGAUAAGUCAUCUUCAGAAAUAAAUUAUGUACCUGAGACUUCACAACUUGCUGGUUUAAGGCUUACUGAACGCAAAAGAAAAAGACCUCAGUGGGGCUUUUUACCUGUUUCUUCAAAUCGAAACAUUCAUAAUGGUAUUUCUCUCCCCGACAAUUCUGAUAUGACUGGUAGAUAUGAUAGUGAUUUAAAAAUCAAUGUUGGAACUUCUUUUCAUGAAAAAAUUGUGGCAGACAAAUGCCCAAAUUGUAUACAGGGUGAUGCACAUGGACUUAAUAACUGUACAGAGUCCUCUAGUGCAUUAAUUGGAUGCUCCAUGAGGGAUUUAAUGAGAAAAAAACGAAGCCAUUGCAGUGAGCUAUCUGAAUGUAGAGCUUCUGAGGUUAUAAAGGUUACUAGUGACAAGGAACAGAAAGACAAGAUUUUUGUUUCCAAGAAACUGACAAAUGACGAAGAAUGCAAUAGAUCUCAGAUUUCCUACUCACCCAGAUCUGCAGUUACAGAUAAAUUAGGAGAAUUAUGUGAGUGUCCUGCAUCGGCAGAGUUCGCUAAGGUGAACACUGAUGGAUCUGAUCUUUUUGUGCAUGAAUUUGCAGGUCUCUGCACAAGGGGGAUGCGUUGUUCCUCUAGGUUGCCUGGGGAACUUAAAAAAGAUAGCCCACUUAAGGAGGCUAUCAGUUCAUGCUGUCAAUCCUCCAACCAUGUCGGAUGUCAAAUCUUUGAGAAAAAUUAUUCAAUUUUAGACUCUGGUUUGAAGAGCAAGGUUUCCAUGCAUGAGAUACCUGAAAUGGGAAAUGACAACAAUAAGGACACAGGGGUGUCAACUACAGUGAAUCUAUUGCAGACUGAGCCCCAGAUUAACAGACAUGUAAAAUCCCCUGGAUUUUACAGUUCAAGAUUGUCUGCUAGUAGCAUGAUAGCACACCCUGUGGAACUAAUUUGUUUAACUUUGUGUCAGAAACCCCCAGUGAUAGAGUGGACCGAUGAACCUGAUGGAGAUUCUGUAUUGUCACCUUCUAUUUCUCAGGACCCUCAUGAGCUGGUAGAAAAGGAGGAAGGAAUAUCUCUUCUGGGUGAAGUUGCAGAUGACAUUCUUCCUUUCUUCAUAAAUGACAACCUAGAAGGAAAAGAGCUUCGAAACCUAAACUGCCAGGAAGCAGGAUAUAGUUAUCAUCAAGAUUCAAUCAUCGGUGUCCCUGUUCACUAUCAGAAUGAUGGCUCCUAUCUAUAUAUGUUGACUCCUGUUCAGUCACCGCCAUCAGAGGAAAAUGUCAAGAGAUGGCUUUCUUUAGAUGGCAGAAAUACUUCAAGAGAAAAGGCAGCAGAUGCAUCAGUUCUGUUUAUAUCACCUAAGCAUUUGUCCGAUGAUCUCGUGGAUUCACGGCGUCCUUUAUGCCAUGCUUCUAAUCUGUCUUCUCUGGAUUCCGAGGCAAGGUCUGAGUCCAACCUUCAUCAGUUGAAUCACCAUAACCAGGAAAACUUCAAUGGACAAGUAGAGGCUCAUAAUGAUGAGGUGAGAACAAUCCAGAAGGAUGCAUACAAAAUUUUGAUGUCUAAGCCAUCAGCUGUUUUUUCACAAGAACACUCUCAGUUAUCUGGUCCUGAUGUGAAAUCAAAGUUGACUCCUUUAAGUCAGAUGGGUUUUCGGGAUCCAGCUAGUGUUGGUGGGAGGCAGCAGCUAACAAUUGUGAGUAUUGAGGUUCAAGCAGGAUGUAGGGGAGAUUUAAGGCCUGAUCCUAGGUUUGAUGCCAUUGAUAUUAUAACUCUUGUUUUUCAAGAUGAUGAUGAUGCAAUGGUUGAUUGUUUCAUGCUUUUGCGGUCCAAUACAGUUACAACUGAAACAAAUCUAGAUGGAAUACCUGAUUGCAAGGUUUUGCUUUUCCCUGAAGAGAAGCAAGUAUUUAGCCAUUUCACAAAGAUUAUAUCUAUCUUUGAUCCAGACACAUUAAUUGGCUGGGAUGUUCAAGGGGGUUCCCUUGGUUUUCUUGCUGAAAGGGCUGCUUAUCUUGGCAUUGGUUUGCUAAAUAACAUAUCUCGAAUACCAUCUUCUAGAGGUCUCAAUACUACUGAGGAAGAUAUGCCAGAUGAUAUGUCUCUUAAGGUGGCUACUGCUGAUCCUGUGCCUUUAGAUGGUGCUAUCGUUGAAGAUGAAUGGGGCCGAACUCAUGCCAGCGGUGUCCAUGUUGGUGGUCGAAUUGUUCUUAAUGUUUGGCGAUUAAUGCGAGGUGAAGUUAAGCUUAGGAUGUACACUAUUGAGGCUGUUGCUGAAACUGUAUUGAGGAAGAAAGUUCCAUAUAUUCCUUGCAUGGUGUUGGCAAAAUGGUUUUCAAGUGGUCCUGGUCGUGCAAGAUAUCGCUGUAUGGAGUAUUUGUUAGUGAAAACUAAGUUGAACCUUGAUAUCAUGAAUCAACUUGAUAUGAUAAACAGAACAUCAGAACUUGCUCGAGUCUUUGGUAUUGACUUCUUUUCUGUUCUCUCUAGAGGUUCACAGUAUCGAGUUGAAUCAAUGUUUCUUAGACUGGCACAUACACAAAAUUAUGUUGCCAUUUCUCCUGGAAAUCUACAGGUUGCUUAUCAGCCUGCAAUGGAGUGUCUUCCUCUUGUGAUGGAACCAGAGUCUGGCUUUUAUGCAGACCCAGUUGUUGUUUUGGAUUUUCAGUCUCUUUAUCCAUCAAUGAUAAUUGCAUAUAACCUUUGCUUUUCUACAUGCCUUGGAAAAAUCACAUCUUCAAUGGCAAAUAUUCUUGGUGUCAGUUCUUAUUCACCAGAUAUGAAGGUUUUGCAGAAUUUGAAGCAUGAAAUACUGCUUACUCCAAAUGGUGUUAUGUAUGUACCUUCAAAGUUUCGUAAAGGAGUACUGCCCCGCUUACUGGAAGAAAUAUUAUCAACUAGAAUUAUGGUAAAAAAAGCAAUGAAGAAAUUAGCUCCAUCACAGCAGGUGCUACACCGUAUAUAUGAUGCCAGGCAACUUGCCCUAAAGUUAAUAGCAAACGUGACUUAUGGCUAUACAGCUGCUGGAUUUAGUGGUCGCAUGCCCUGUGCAGAGCUAGCAGACAGUAUUGUGCAAUGUGGUCGUAGAACACUAGAGGCUGCUAUUUCCUUUGUGAACAAUCAUAACAAGUGGAAAGCAAAAGUUGUAUAUGGUGAUACUGAUAGCAUGUUUGUUCUCCUUAAGGGACGUUCUCGUAGGGAAGCUUUCCACAUUGGUAAUGAGAUUGUGUCAGCAAUAAGUGCAAUGAAUCCAAAUCCUGUUGUGCUAAAGAUGGAAAAGGUCUAUCAACCUUGCUUCCUCCUUACUAAGAAAAGGUAUGUUGGCUACAGCUAUGAGAGUCCUGACCAAAGUAAGCCAAAGUUUGAUGCAAAAGGUAUUGAGACAGUAAGGAGAGAUACAUGUGACGCUGUAUCCAAGACAAUGGAGCAGUCGCUGAGACUUUACUUCGAACAUCAAGAUAUUGAUAAGGUUAAGGCAUACCUAUUGCGUCAAUGGACACGGAUUAUAUCUGGCAGAGUCUCUCUUCAAGAUUUUGUUUUUGCAAAAGAGGUCUGCUUAGGCACUUACAGUUCACGGGCGUCAUCACUUCCCCCAUCAGCAAUUGUAGCCACUAAAGCAAUGAGGGCUGACCCGAGGGCAGAACCACGCUAUGCAGAGCGAGUUCCUUAUGUGGUAGUUCAUGGUGAACCUGGUGCCCGACUGGUAGAUAUGGUUGUGGAUCCAAUGGAACUUCUUGCUCUUGAUUCUCGUUACAGAUUAAAUGAGGCCUAUUAUAUUAGGAAACAGAUAAUUCCAGCUUUACAGCGAGUUUUUGGGCUCGUUGGAGCUGACUUGAACCAAUGGUUCUCUGAUAUGCCGCGUCCUGAAAGGGAAACUGUUGGUAAACGUCAUUUUUAUGCUCCAAAUCAACAUCGAACUAGAAUUGACUAUUACUACCUAUCACGACACUGUAUCCUCUGUGGUUCACUAGUACAAGCAUCAAGCUAUUUCUGUCAUAACUGUUCUAAGAGUGAGGCAACUGUUGCAACAGCUUUGAUCGGAAGAACUGCAAAACUGGAAAAGGAAAUCCAACAUCUUGCUGCUAUUUGCCGGCAUUGUGGCGGUGGGGACUGGCUUUUAGAAAGCGGGGUGAAAUGCACAUCUCUCGCAUGCUCUAUUUUCUACGAGAGAAGGAAAGUUCAGAAAGAACUGAAGUCUCUCGCUGCUGCUGCUACAGAACUUGGUUUCUACCCUACUUGCAUGGCUGAAUGGUUUUAAAAAUAUGUACAUCGGCUACCUUGAUAGUAGAACUGGAAGAGAUACAUCUCACCUGUGAAUAUGUCUGUAUAUUUGUGUACAUAUGCUCCAUAAGUUAGUUUUUGUUUUCCCCAUCUGUAGCGCGAAGAGAUGCCUAUUGCCUAACAUCCUUUGCUUGAUUAGUCCGUUGUAAAAGUUACCGUCCCGUAAGGCUUGGUCUAGCUUAUAGCCUUAUACUGUUGUAAAUUAUUCGAACAAAUGAACGUCUGCAACUUCCAACAAAUAUGAUCUCUUUGAUCUACCAUC